AUGAAGCGAAUUGGCGUGAAUCUGAAACAUUUGUCGCAGAAGAAAGUAUUGCUGAAACAAAACAUCCUGGCGCAAGCAGAAUUCAAUGCCAAAAAGAUCGAAUACGAGCAAAUUCUAAGAAACAUGACUAGUGAAUUUAACGAAUUUAAGCAACAGGUCAUCGAAGAGCAGCGACAAAAAAUUGAGGAAUUUGGAAAAGUGAUUAACGAAUUGCAGGGAAACAAAACUGAGCUUCAUACAGCAUUGCAGCACAUAACGUCCAAAAUUGAUGACGCAAAGGAAAUGUUGAGCGUUAUGUAUGUUCAGAACAAUGACAUCGACAAUGCUAUCGAAAAAUCGAAAACGUUAAAACCUGAUACAAUUAUUUCCGUCGUCAAUAGAGUUUUAACAAAUUCUCCUAAUAAAAUCAUUCCACUUGUAGACUUUACGGCUUCCAUCAAAGAAUCAGACACUCGUAGUGAAGCUUACAAAAGGAUGUACGCGGUUGCAGAGAACUUGCCGCAGCUCGGAGAAAUCCACGUGAAGCUUGCUUCCCAUAUUCGAAUCUUCGAACAAACGUUGACAGACGAUUCAACAAUCAGUGACGAUCAGAAAGAACAUAUCCAGAACAUUCUACCUUGGAUUGAAGGAAAAGCACAGGCAGUGAUCGCAUCCUGGGUCAGCAAUAGCCGAGAUUACGUUGCCCCAUUUAAGGCGGCCCUCGAUGAGAUGUCCGACCAGCUGAUGAAGCGAGUUGGGCAAAGCUUACAAUUGCCGGAAAAUUUUCGGACUGUAGAUCAAAUGAUUGAAUUUCUGGCAGCGACCGAUAAUAAAUGGAAGAUCUGGGCCUAUCAGAGAGCGGUUGAUCGGAAAAUGCUACCGUACAAAAGUUCUGUUUCUAGCUAUGUGAAGGACAGAAAUGAAAUUGGAAAUCUGGAGCCCAAGGAGACUCAAAUUUUGUUAGAUAUCAGUAAUAAACUGAAUAGUUUGUAG